CACCACCUCGAGUCCUUUGGAGUAAGACUGUUCGAGACCGCUCCGUGCCGGGCAGUCGCCGACUCCGCUGCCGUCGCCUCCGCCACCUCCCGGGCUGCCGCAGAUCGCGGGAGAGCGUCUGCGCGAAACCCCGGAGCGGCACCGGCGGGACCGCCGCAGCCGCCCGAACGCGAGCGACAGCUUCUGGGCUGGGCUGGAGGAACCCCUGCCCCACGCGCCAAAGGCCCGCGCACCAAGGUAUGAAGUACUAUUUAAGCCCUGACAACUACCCUGAAGAUGGAAUUAUAAAUAUGGCAACUUUCCUGCGGGGCUUUGAAGACAAGAGGAUAAAGCCCGACAGGCCUGAAGACCAGCUCAGGAAAGAGAAAAAGAAAAUUCUGUUCUCCUUCUGUGAGGUGUGCAACAUCCAGCUGAACUCUGCAGCCCAGGCCCAGGUGCACUACAACGGCAAAUCCCACCGCAGACGCGUCAAGCAGCUGAGCGAUGGGCAGCCUCAGCCCCCGGCUCAGGGCGGAGGGCCGCUGCCGGCCAGCCCCAGCCCCAGCUCCAGCACCAGCACCAGCACCAGCACAGGCAGUACAUGCCACACUACCACCCUUCCUGCUCUUGUGCGCACACCUACCCUGAUGAUGCAGCCUUCGCUGGACAUCAAACCCUUCAUGUCUUUUCCAGUGGACAGUAGUUCUGCUGUUGGACUCUUUCCAAACUUUAACACAAUGGAUCCUGUGCAAAAAGCAGUCAUUAACCACACAUUUGGAGUGUCCAUUCCUCCAAAGAAGAAACAAGUUAUUUCUUGUAAUGUCUGUCAGCUUCGCUUUAACUCUGAUAGCCAGGCCGAGGCCCACUACAAAGGAAGUAAACAUGCCAAGAAGGUCAAAGCACUAGAGGCAACGAAAAACAAACCCAAAAUGGUUUCUUCCAAGGACAGCGCAAAGGCUAAUACCAGCUGCUCCAUCACUCCAAUCACAGGCAACAACUCUGACAAAUCAGACGACAAAGGGAAGCUAAAAGUCAACAGUUCCAGUCAGCCGUCGAGCUCUGAAGGCGGCUCAUUUCUCCUCAGACCUGGCACAACACCUCUGCCGCCAGGAGCAGACACCUCUCCCUCCAAGAGCACAAAUGGAGCUCCUGGGACUCUUUCUGAAUCAGAGGAAGAAAAAGCCAAAAAAUUGCUUUAUUGUUCUCUAUGCAAAGUGGCUGUGAACUCCCUGUCACAGCUGGAGGCACACAACACAGGGUCAAAACACAAGACCAUGGUUGAAGCUCGUAAUGGGGCUGGUCCCAUUAAGUCCUAUCCUCGACCUGGGUCAAGGUUAAAGAUGCAUAAUGGCAGUAAGGGUUCAGGACUACAGAACAAGACAUUUCAUUGUGAAAUCUGUGAUGUUCAUGUUAAUUCAGAAAUCCAACUUAAACAGCACAUUUCUAGCCGAAGGCAUAAGGAUCGAGUUGCAGGGAAGCCACUGAAGCCGAAAUACAGCCCAUACAACAAACUCCAGCGGAGCCCAAGCAUUUUAGCAGCAAAACUUGCAUUCCAGAAAGAUAUGAUGAAGCCUCUGGCCCCGGCCUUCCUGUCCUCGCCCCUGGCGGCAGCCGCGGUGUCCUCAGCGCUGUCGCUACCGGCUCGGCCAUCGGCCUCGCUCUUCCAGGCGCCGGCCCUACCGCCUGCUCUCCUGCGGCCCGGCCACGGGCCCAUCCGCGCCGCACCUGCCUCCAUCCUCUUUGCUCCCUAUUAAGUCUGCAAGCCCCGAGUCGGCUGAAGCCAGUAAGUAGGAAAGUCGAGAAGGGAAGCCAGAAGGAUUCAGCAGUUGAAGCAUUUUGUGUUGCAGCGUCCCCACCCAGACACAAAGUGUGAGCCGACUCCAAAGAAUAACACAUCACUAGAGGCAAGAGUGCUUUUAGGAACCGCUCCUGUCUUUUAGGAAUCUGAGCAGCACAGGCUUUACUUCCCUGUUCCCUUCCACGCCUCCCAUGCCCCCUGUCCUCAUUCAGUUUGUGUAUCUGAGAUAUUCAGUUUCUUGCAAAUGUAUUGGUCAAAAAAAAUAUAUAUAUA